AUGGAGAGACUGAACGAGCUUGUCGAAGUUGAAUGCGACCAAGUGCACUUGCACUUCACUUGCGUAUUCAAAGGCAGCGAGGACGAACAAACCUUCACAACAUGCUCCUCAUGCCGUGAAAGAGUUGUGGAAAUGUCCAGACUUUUUGUUGAACUCUGGCCUGGAGACUGGCACAGCGGACACGGCGCUUACAUCCAGGACUCCCUCCUUGACACAAUCGAGUCAGAAAAGGCUUCCACCGACGGCAUGGACAUUGCUUCCAUGAUCAAAUUCCGGUUGAAAUAUAGCGACUUGGCCGACAGUAUCAUCAAAGACCUCAGUCUUCCAGUCCCCAGCAAUAAGCCAUGCGGGAUAUGGAGCAAAGCCGAGUGGGAAAAAGAGCGCCGCAGAAGGGACGACGAACCCGUUUUCGACAGAUCUUGGGAAAUCACCUGGAGAAAAUUCAUCGACGGUAAUCUCGUGCCACAAGGAACCGUUAAGCAGGGGCCCGAAUUCAUUCGCUUUGUACAAUACCUGGUUGCAGCCGUGCGCCAGAAAGAGUUCAUCACCAAGGUGGUACACGACGAAUACAACGAACUCAUCGAGAAAAUCAUUCAAUACGUCAUAGAUGCUAGAGCUUCUGAUUCAGAGCUUGCAUGCCAAUCCGCCGCAGUUCGACAAGCUCGUGUCGAGAGAAAGGGUCUUUGGAGGAAUACUUGCUUGUUGAAGUUGCGGAAGAACUGCGAAACAGAAUGCCGGGCUUGUGGGUUCGUGAAGCCUGAAGUACAAGCAGGAGAAGUCAAUACAUGCUUUCAAGGGCUGUAG